GCGGGGCGGUGGCGGCCAUGCAGGCGGCGGCGCAGGGCUCGAAGGCGGCGGCGCAGGAGCUGGUGAAGUUCGUGAACCGCAGUCCGUCGCCGUACCACGUGGUGGCCGAAUGCCGCAGCCGGCUACUGCAGGCCGGCUUCCAGGAGCUGAAGGAGACGGAGCACUGGGACGUGCGGCCGGCGCAGAAGUACUUCAUCACCAGGAACUACUCCACCCUCAUCGCCUUCGCCGUCGGCGGCCAGUUCCAGCCUGGGAAUGGGUUCAGCUUGCUAGGGGCCCACACCGACAGCCCCUGCCUCAGGGUGAAGCGUCGCUCUAAGCGGGGACAAGUGGGCAUAGUGCAAGUCGGUGUGGAGACCUAUGGAGGGGGCAUCUGGAACACCUGGUUUGACCGUGACCUCACCGUGGCCGGGAGGGUGAUCAUAAAGGACCAAGCCACGGGGCGACUGGAGCAGCGCCUAGUAUGUGUGGAGCGGCCCAUCCUCCGCAUUCCUCACCUGGCCAUCCAUCUGCAGCGCAGCAUCAAUGAGAACUUUGGGCCCAACACUGAGCACCACCUGGUUCCCAUUCUGGCCACUGCAGUGCAGGAGGAGCUGGAAAAGGAGGUGCUUAUGGAGUCCACACCUUGCAGUGCUGCGGCCCAGACAGAGCGUCACAGUCCUGUUCUGCUUUCCCUGAUCUGCCCCCAGCUGGGGGUGAAACCAGAGCAGAUUGUGGAGCUGGAACUAUGCCUGGCAGAUACGCAGCCAGCGACGCUGGGUGGUGCCUUCGAUGAGUUCAUCUUCUCCCCACGUCUGGACAACCUGCACAGCUGCUACUGUGCCUUGCAGGCUUUGAUUGACUCAUGUGCAGCACCCUCGUCCCUCUCCCAGGAGCCCAAUGUGCGUCUCAUCGCGCUCUAUGACAAUGAGGAGGUAGGGUCAGAGAGUGCACAGGGCGCAGAGUCCUUGCUAACGGAGCUGGUGCUGCGCCGGAUCUCUGCAUCGCCACACAACCUGACAGCCUUCGAGGAGGCAGUGGCCAAGUCCUACAUGAUCAGUGCUGAUAUGGCCCACGCUGUGCACCCCAACUAUGUGGACAAGCAUGAGGAGAAUCAUCGUCCAGCCUUCCACAAGGGCCCUGUCAUCAAAGUGAACAGCAACCAGCGCUACGCCUCCACAGCUGUCACUGAAGCCGUAAUCCGGGACAUUGCUGCCCGUGUGGGUGUCCCACUGCAGCUGCAGGACUACCUCAGAGAGCAGGCUGGUGAACAGAAUGGAGCCUGGCCUGAGUGUGUUCUAGCUCUGGAGCAUUCUUUGAACCCUGGCGUGGGUCGGUGCUGCUUCCCUGCCCCAAGUCGCCUCUCUUCAGGGCUGAGGGCCCAUGUGGGAUGCCAUGGGGUAGCACGUGGAGCUGCUGAGGUCUCGUCUCCAUGCAGGAGUUCAUGGUGCGCAACGACACACCCUGCGGCACCACCAUCGGCCCCAUUCUGGCCUCCCGCCUGGGGCUGCGUGUGCUGGACAUUGGCUGCCCGCAGCUGGCCAUGCAUUCCAUCCGGGAGAUGUGCUGCACCUCAGGGGUGCUUCAGAGCAUCACCCUCUUCAAGGGCUUCUUCGAGCUCCUGCCGACGGUCAGCAGCAGCUUGGUGGUCGACUGAGCAUGGUGGGGAGAGAGUAGCAGUGUGUUUAGUCCUGGGGCCAUUAAAGCAUUUCUGUCUCACCAGCGAGUGGUCCAUGACUGUGGCUGGGGGCUGACGUACAUGGCUCCCCCUGGGGACUC